CAGACAGUGAGAGAGAACCAGGCUGGGAAGACACGAUACUCGGGAGGUACAGAGACGGUGCGUCCAGGAGAUACCCGAGCAGAAAGAUUCAUCAACAGAAGAGUUGUAGAACGGACAGAGAAAACGGGUCGUUGAACCCGGAAGUGUUAUUAUUUUGUGUGUAUACGGAAUUAAACUUACGUGCUUCCCAGCCAAACCGACCCCGCCUCCUUCACAACGAACCUUGUUACACUGGUGCCGAAACCCGGGAAGAAAGGAGUCAGCCGCCACCAUGCAGUCCCCGCCAGGAUCGCCAUUUGUGGAGGGUCUCUUCAACCUCUUCCAGAGCGGUGCCCCUUCCCAGGUCUAGGGGGUACUUCUAUCCGCGGCCGGCCCCGAGAACCCGGUUCCCACCAGAGGCGGGGCCAUACGGAGCUGUAAGGUCCCCGGAGGGACAACCCCACCGGACCGGCAACGGUCCACAGACCUCUUCCCUGUCGUCAGCCUCUCCUCGCCAAUUCGGGGGUCUGCUUCCUGCCGCUGGGGCGGCGGGGACUCCUGGGCCGGCCUGUUGGCGUUGUGGGGACCCCGGUCAUUUUAUCGACCGAUGUCCUAUGAUGGAGGUCGAUAUGAUGAUCCGGGUUCCCGACAACCCUCAGGCUGCCCUCGGUCAAGAUGGGCUGUACCAAAUACCUGGCUGCAUCCCAUUGAAAGGCAGCCAAGUGAAUGAGCUGACAACCAAUCCAGAAGAGCCGGGUCGACACCUUUUUGAGAUUGUGCCAGCUGGUGAGAAAGACAAGGCAGCGAUAAGCCAUGAAUCCUUUCUACUCAUGGCAAACUCCCAGAGUGACAUGGACGACUGGGUGAAGACCAUUAGGCGGGCCAUUUGGGCUCCGUUCGGAGGAGGGAAAUUUGGGCAGCAUUUGGAGGACACCGUCCUGUACGAAAGGAAGUUUGGUCCUCGCCUCGCGCCUCUUAUAGUUGAGCAGUGUGUGGACUUCAUCAGGGAACAGGGACUCGAUGAAGAAGGUCUGUUCCGGAUGCCAGGUCAAGCCAAUCUAGUGAAGGAUCUUCAGGAGGCCUUUGAUUGUGGAGAUAAACCCCAGUUUGACAGCAACACUGAUGUGCACACUGUGGCUUCCCUGCUAAAGCUGUACCUCAGAGAACUGCCCGAGCCAGUCAUUCCUUUCUCUAAAUAUGAGAACUUCCUCUCUUGCGCUCAGCUCCUGGCAAAAGAUGAGGAAGAAGGAACACAAAAAUUGGGAAAGCUAGUGAAGACCCUUCCAGUUGCAAAUUACAACCUCUUGAAAUACAUAUGCAAAUUUCUGGAUGAAGUGCAGUCUUACUCGCAUGAAAACAAAAUGGGUGUGCAGAAUUUGGCCACCGUGUUUGGACCAAAUAUCCUUCGUCCUAAAAAGGAGGACCCGGAAACUAUUAUGGAAGGGACCACCCUUGUUCAGCAUCUCAUGACAGUACUUAUUAGUAAACAUGAUCACCUCUAUAUUGAAAAAGACUCUGAAAUGCCUCAGUCCCAGGCGGAAGUAAGAUUCCAAGGACAACAACGUCAGCAAACCAACAUGGUUGACUGGAUCUCUGAGGAGGACCUCCAUCCCUGCCCACCCACAGGGAAGAAUGCUAACCCAAAUGACAGUUCUUCCAAUAACAGUGCCUCAUCUGUAGAUGCCUCCCAGGCAUCUUUCACCUCCAAGUCCGUUCCUCAGGGAAAGGGGGACACAGCUGUCAGUCCUAGUAAGCAGGCUAAGACCCUGCCUGGGUGGAAGUACUCUUUCAAAGGUUCCCCUCCUCGUCCACAGUCUGCCAAAGUCGGUGGUUCCACAGUGGACGUGUCCACCGCUUCCAGUGGGAACUGGCUCAUGAAUGGGCUGUCGUCACUUCGGGGACAUAGACGUACCUCCUCUGGAGAACGCUCUAGAGAUUCUGGUUCCUCUCAGAGACUGUCUACUUAUGACAACGUAACAUCUUCAUCAAGUUUGGGUAGCGUGUUGAGUAUAGAAAGCACACCAUUGUCCACCUCUUCUUGUGAGAUAUCCGUUCCCCAUUCAGGGAGUGACCCAUUGGGUACAGACUCAAGGACAGAGGACAGUCUGCAGUCAGGAAUAAGUUUUCAGGAAACAGCACAAUCUGAGGAAGACAUGAAGCUCACCAUGAAAGAGGAGGGUAAAAUCAGUGUGGAGAACAGUGCAGGCAGUCUGCCCUGCAGUGACAAUGGAAACUUAGCAUCCAUCAUUAGAGUUGUGGAUGAAGGCACAGUGGAAAGCCACUCAUCUCCGUCCGGCGAGGUGGCAGAGCUGAAAGAAGAACUGAGAGAGCAGCAACAAGUGUAUGAAUCUAGAAUUAAAAAGUUGGAAGAGUCAAGUGCAGCCAUGUGUUCUCAGAUGGAGAGACUCGAGCAAGAGAUAGAACAGGAAAGGAAAAGAAAAAAAAUGCUUGAGAUCAAACUCCGGAACUCUGAACGGGCCCGUGAAGACGCAGAAAAUCGCAAUUGCCUCCUUGAAAAAGAAAUGGAAGAUUUCUUUUCCACACUUGGGGACCUGGCUCUUGGAAGCCAUACGAGUGACAUUUAAUACAAGGAUAUACAAUCAAAACAAAGACUUGCAGGAUGUUUAAGGAAGUUAAGGGCAUUGUGCAAUGUCCCUUCCUUCCAACAAUCUACCUUUUUUUUUAUUGAAAGUAAGAUCUCGAUAAAGAAUUUGUUUGUUUAAAUGACAUAUGGACAACGAAACAGUUAAUGGAUCAUCUCAAUCCAGCUCUGAAUUCAAGAAAUCUGCAUUUGUAGAGGUCUCAUUUUUGGAAAUGUAAUGUUGCAAACGUGACUAAAAAAACUCCAGAUCUCAGUAAUGAAUACUAUAGCAUACUAUAGCAUAUUGGGUAGGCUAAUAUAAGACUGUCAAAGUGGCCAUUUGUGUCACUUUCCUAAAUUAUGUUAGAAAUGUUACUUGUCAGUUUAACUAUUUUAUGUAUUUAUUUUGUUGUAGACUGUUGUAUAGAAAGUGUAGAAUGUAGAUGUCUCUUAAAUGUACAUCAACAUCAAGCCAUAGAAUUUGUAGCCUCAGCUCAUUUUUAAAUAAUAUUUCUGAUUGAACACUUAAUGUACAAUGGCAUGAUGUUCUUAGCCUGACAGUUAACUUUCCAGGCUUUUAAUACAAAGGUUUCAGGUUUUCAUGUUUCAGUUAUCAGUCCAUUUUUAUAUAUAUAAUAAAUAUAUAUAUAGUUUAUUUGUAGAAUAACUGCUUUUACAAAAGACGUUAUGCCUAUUUAGAUGAUGUGAAGAUGUUAUAAAUCAUCAUGAUUUGACUGCUCUACUGCGGAUCACACAUGAUGAUUAGAUUGCUGUGCUGUGCUGAAAUGUUACCAAAAGUGUCACUGUUCUGUUAUAAAUAAAAUGAAAUGAAAUGGAGAAGUGUAAUACAGACAUAUCACCAAAUUGUGUGUCUGGUUUGAUAUUAAAGAACAAUUUUGGAAUGAGCUCAAAAGCUCUAGGGUGCCUUGCAAUGAGAACUGGAAAAAGUUCAGAUUCAAACCUUUUUAUUUGCAGUACUCAUUGGCAUCGUAAGAUCCCCUUGCA